AACUGAAAAAAAAAAAAACUCCAGUAGGACUUGUUAUGGAGUUGGUGUGAAAGAAAGACGGAUUUCCACCCUUCUUUACCAGUCUAACCAGUAUCUCUGGAUAGAAUUCUGUCAAGUACAGCAACAGGUAGAGUGACUGGUCGCAAACUCCUUCGUGGCUCCCUUUGAAAAUAAUCUCCCCUUCUUUUUUUCUCUCUCUCAAUUGUUCGCUCCUCUUAUCACUUGGAAAAAGGUGAACCCUAGUGUUAUUUUUAUUUUAAUCUUUGCUUUAAUUGUAGUUUUUACCCUUGUGGUCCCUGAUGGCUUCGCACAGUGAUACUCUGGUGGUGUUCUUUGGGGCAACAGCUGGUGCAAAUGGGGGUAAACUGGGUUCGGAUGAGAGGGAAAUAAUUCUCUUGGUGUGGCAAAUUGUGGACCUACGUGAGAAAAAGGUGGGCAAACUUCACAGAUGUCUUGUCAAGCCAGACACUUUGGAACUGACAGACCAGUGCAAAGAAGACACGGGCCUCACUACGGAGGACAUCAUCAAUGCAGAGCCCCUGGAUAAAGUUCUCCAACAGUUCCAGCAGUCUGUGGCAUCGGAAUUGAAGUGUCUCGAGAGGAGCUCUUACACUCUUUGUGUCAACAGCCCCCAUAUUAUCCGGCAGGCCCUCCAUCCCGAGGCUUCUAAGAAGAAUCUCGUUCUUCCCGAGUGUUUCUUCUCCUUUGUGGAUGUGACAAAGGAGUUUGAGAAAUGCUGCCCGAGUGCCGGCCCUGCAAACAAGCUGGAGCUUUCCACAAUGUUAGAACAUGUGGGUCUACCUGCAGUGACAGAGCUGACAGGAGUAAGGGAGGUGCAGAGCAUGGCGCAGCUCAUCCUCUGCAUCCUGGCUGAGCCUUACAAUCACAUUUUUUCCUCCGUGGAGACAGUGAAGUACAAGUUUGAUUCUGGCACAUGCAGUAAGACUGAGCCGGUGGACAGCGAGACGGUCAUCAGAGCACGAGGACUUCCAUGGCAGUCUUCAGACCAAGACAUCGCUCGCUUUUUUAAAGGCCUCAAUAUCGCCAAGGGGGGCGUGGCCUUGUGCCUUAAUGCUCAGGGCAGGAGGAAUGGCGAGGCCUUGGUUCGCUUCAUCAACUCUGAGCAUAGAGACCUGGCACUGGAGCGCCACAAGCACCACAUGGGCACCCGCUACAUUGAGGUCUACAAAGCCACUGGAGAGGAAUUCCUCAAGAUUGCUGGAGGUACAUCUAAUGAGGUGACCCAGUUCCUAUCCAAAGAGAACCAGGUGAUCAUUCGCAUGCGGGGGCUGCCAUUCACCGCCACCCCCCAAGAAGUUCUGGACUUCCUCGGCCCAGAGAGCCCAGUCACAGACGGCGCAGAGGGGCUUCUGUUUGUCAAGUACCCUGAUGGACGGCCCACUGGUGACGCAUUUGUGCUCUUCUCCUGUGACGAGUACGCCCAGAAUGCCAUGAAGAAGCAUAGGCAGAUCCUGGGCAAGCGCUACAUUGAACUUUUUCGCAGCACUGCAGCCGAGGUCCAACAAGUGCUGAACCGCUACUUGUCCACCCCUCUGAUAUCCACGCUGCCCCCCUCGCCCAUUGUCCCCGUCCUUGCCACGCCUCCCUACCUCCCGACGGCCAGCAACACUCGCGAUUGCGUCCGCCUCCGUGGCCUGCCUUACACAGCAGGCAUCGAAGACAUCCUGGAGUUCAUGGGUGAGCACACAGCUGACAUCAAACCCCACGGAGUCCACAUGGUCCUCAACCAGCAGGGCAGGCCGUCAGGAGACGCAUUCAUCCAGAUGAAGUCACCAGAUAAGGCCUUCAUGGUCGCACAAAAGUGCCACAAGAAGACCAUGAAGGACCGAUAUGUGGAGGUGUUCCAGUGCUCCACAGAGGAGAUGAGUAUUGUCCUGAUGGGAGGAACCUUGAACCGCAGCGGCCUUUCACCACCUCCCUGCAAACUCCCCUGUUUAUCUCCACCCACAGCCUAUGCCGCCUACCCCACUCCUCCUGCUAUCCUGUCCGAGGCCGCCCUCUACCAGCCCCCCUUGCUAGCCACUCCUAGACCUCAUCAGGCCACACAUACCCCCGCUUUGGCAUAUUACCCCCCUCAACCUCACUUGUAUAUGAACAUGAACUACACGGCUUACUAUCCCAGCCCACCAGUAUCCCCCUCCACAGUCGGCUACUUCACAUCCCCGCAAGCAGUGGCGGCAGCAGUCGCAGCCCAACCCCACCCGGCAGCAGCAGCUGCAGCAGCAGCCGCCUCCUCAGUGCUCCCCCAACCUGGUGCUCUGGUGCGGAUGCAGGGCCUUCCCUACAACACUGGCGUCAAGGACAUCCUCAGCUUUUUCCAGGGAUACCAGCUCCAGCCGGACGCCAUCCUCAUCUUGUACAACUUCAGCGGCCAGUGCAGCGGCGAGGCCUUGAUCACCUUCCCCAGCGAGGAGAUGGCGCGGCGGGCGGUGGCUGAGCGCUCCAACCACGCCUUCUACGGGCAGCAGGUCCACCUGCUCUUCUGCAACUGACCGACUCGCCUUUUCUUGGAAACCUCCGGCCGGCCUGGCCACGCCUAUUUUCAUGCUCUUUAGUUGGACUUCAUGAAAGCGUCGUCUGGAGACGCUUGAGGCUGCUUACAUCCUACCAAAGCAUUUGUCCGCACUUGAACCUUUUUUUUUUUUUUUUACAUUUUUUGUCAGUCUAUAAUAAUCCUUUUUAGUGUAUGCAUGGACAUGCACAAUGUUGAUGACUUUAUGGGCCUGCAGGAGUACAGCAGACCCAUCAAAGAGACGAGAGACGGAGGAAAAAACAAAAAAAGCCAUAAGCAGCGAAGGGAUUCAUUUGACUUAACAGCUGAACUCGCCUUCCAUUUGGACUCCAAACUUGAACAAUCUCGUUCGUCCGGUCUUUGAUCGAAGACAAGUGGCCUCCUGUGACAAACCCAGCGGGUAUCUUUUUGUUGGUGGCAUCACUAAUGUGCCUACGCUGGCUCUCAUUAUUAUUAUUAUUAUUAUUACUAUUAUUAUUAUUAGUAUUGUUAUUAUGAAACCUCUGGCAGCAGAGGAGAUAUGUGUUUAGUUAUUUUUUUGUCAAAUGUAAUAUGUUAUGUACCAAUUUAGAAUUGUGAAUAAGAAUUUAAACCAUAAAAAUAAAAAAAUUGUUAAUGAGGA